UUUCCUUCGAUAAGACAAGCUCAGCACCUUCAAGCUCCGAACCUCGCACCUACGCCCCGCCCCGCCUCACAAAUCACCCCCUCACAACAAGAGAAAGAAAACACAGCAAACAAACUACAAAACAUGGCGUCAACAGCCCCGCAGCCCGCGAAACUGCGCGCACUCUACAGGUCCCUAUUCCGCGAGCUGCCACCACGACCCAUCCUCUCCUCGCCGCCAUCACCCCUCCACCAGCGGCUGCGCGACUCGUUCCGCGCACCCCCCUCACCUUCCAACAGCACGCCCACAAAACCCUCUACUGUCACAACAACAUGGCCCAGCGCAGUCGCCGCCGCUGUGGCGCACGCGGAGCAGUAUCUGGCCUACCUACGCGCGCAGCGCACGUACGCGGCGCUGCUGGAGCGGUACAACCCCGGCAUGGGCAUGGACGAGGAGGAGCGCGUACGGCUAUCGGCGCGGCGGGUGGGGAUUGAUCUGCCGACGCCGUAUGAUGCUGAUGCUGAUGGUGCAGAGGGAAGUGGUGGGGGGGAUAAGGAGGGUGGGCGGAAGAAGUGAAUGAUAUCCAUCCAUCGUCGGUCUGUCCGUCUGUUCGUACGUCCGGUGUCUAUGGGGGACAGACGUUUCCGCCCUGGCAGCCGGCUGUUUCUUUCCCGCUGCUGCCUCAUUCAUUAUUGUUUUGCAACAAUGACGUUUGGGGCUUCAUUCAUAAGGUCCAGCAUUGAGUGGGCCUUGUGCCCGUGUUUUGCUUUUGGCGAGAGAUAUUCAGGCAUGAGUCAACCAGGACAGAGACGGGCAGACAUCCCGGGAGAGCGGCUUUGUCUUCUCUCGGCUUUGUUUGUCCAGUUUUUACAUGGGACGAACUUCCGGAAUCACUGGCUGCCGACGGGACAGUUUUCCGAUAUGGCCCUUUAAGGUUGGCUGUCAAGUCAUCCGGGGCAACCUUGCCUGCCUGUAGAGGUAUUCCUCUUGCAAGCUACGACAUGGUUUAGCAGGCCCUGAUAUCCCACGCCUGUGU